CGCGCUCCGCCCCGGCGGCGGGACGCGCCGCUCAGCCCCGGCGGCUCCGGGCGCUGCUGCCGCCGCCGCCGGGGGCCGCGCCGAGGCUGCCCCGCCGAGCCCCGCACGAGGUGUGACGGACACUCGCCCGGGACGAUGCACGACAGGGGGGAAGGCCCGUUUUGAGGAAGAUGAUGAAUGGAAGGAGAAAAGGCAUGUGAGAAGGAUGGCAAGCUGCGGCCCAUGACGACCUCACGCGCGAUGUUUUAUGGGUCCUCCUCCACCAUGACUCCACCAUCCAAGAACCGGCUGAAGCGCCAGAGCCGGAUUUUCUCCCAAGUCUUAUACCGGACGCUGAGCUACAAGGACCGGGGCUCAGCCUCCGCUUCCCCGGCAGCCGGUGAGGAUGACCCGGCCGAACUCUCCACCCAGCUCUCAGCCCCCGGCGUCCUGAAGAUCUUCGGGGGCAACAUCUGCGCGGGCACCAACUACAAGAGCGUGCUGGCGACGGGCAGCUCGGGCGCGCGGGAGCUGGUGAAGGAAGCCCUGGAACGCUACGGACUGAGCCAGCUCAGCGCCGGGCAGUACGCCCUGUGCGAUGUCAUCGGGAGGUUCGAGGGCCCUGAGAAGCAGUGGCAGACGGAGGGGCUGAGGGUCCUGGGUGACCACGAGAAGCCGCUGCUCAUCCAGGACCUCUGGAAGCCCAGGGAGGGUUUCUCGCGGCGGCUGGAGCUGCGCAAGAGGGCGGAGGUGGAGGAGCUGGCAGCCAGGGAUGUGGACACCACCACCGCAGGCAUCAACGCCCAAGCGCGGAAACUGCAGCGGCACCGGGCGCGGGGGGCCCGGCGGCCGCCGGCGGGGGCUGAGCGGUGCGGUCCCCCCCCGGCCCUGCGGCGCAGCCUCAGCGAAACCAGCCUGGGCAACCCGGUUCGAAGGACCGGGACGGGGACCGGGAUCGGGAUCGGGCCCGGGAUCGGGGAGAGGCUCCAGCGGCACUGUUCCACCCUGCCCGGGAGCCCGGCGGCGGCGCGGAGCGGCGGCAGCAUGCGGUACUCCCUCUACCAGUCCCCGCACCUCCUGCUCCUGCAGGGCUACAGCCAGCAGCAUGACAGCUUGGUUUACCUGCUGAACCGCGAGCAGCACACGGUGGGCCAGAGGACGCAGGCGAGCAAGCCCAGCAUCAGCCUGUCAGCCCCCGACAUCUUGCCCCUGCACUGCACCAUCAGGAAGCUCCGACCUUCCCGGCAUCGCUCAGAGGAGAAGCUGGUGCUGGAGCCCAUCGCAGGUGCCGGCAUCUCCGUCAACUUCGCCAAGGUGGCCCGGACGGUCGUGCUGCGGCACGGGGACCUCCUCUCCCUCGGUCUCUACUACCUGCUCCUCUACAAGGACCCCAUGAAAGCACAGCCGCUGCCGGCGCAGACCCUGCUGAGGCUGCGAGCCCUGCACCCCACCGUCCCUGAGGGUCCCCCCGUCUGCGGGGCGUGCGGCAGCCUGCUGAAGGAGAGGGACCCUGUCACCAAAAAGCGGGGUCCCUCGCCUGCCGGCGGCCCCAGGGUGCCCCGCAGAAAGCUGCUGCUGGAGUUCGAGCCGGCGGCCGAGGACGUGCUCCUUCGGCGCAUCAUGACCCUGAUUGAGCCGGGGGGGGACGACCACAAGCUGACACCCGCCUUCCUGCUCUGCCUCUGCAUCCAGCACUCAGCCACCAGCUUCGAGCCGGGUGACUUCGGGCAGCUGCUGCUCAAAGCGGCCAAAAUGAUCCAGAGGACGGUGUGGGAGCGGACACGGGAGCUGGCUGAGAAGCAGUCCCAGCACCAGGACCCUGCUGCCCUGUCCCGCUUCACCAUCACGGACCUUCUCCCAGACCUGCAACACAUCCUCUUCUGGAUGGCCAACGCCAUCGAGGUCCUCUACUUCAUCCAGCAGAAAUCGCCCACCUACAUCCAGAGCAUGGAGGAGGAGCUGGACGUCAGAGGCUCCAAGGAGUCUCUGUUCUCCUCGACCAUCACAGCCAGCGAGGAGGCGAUGACGGUGCUGGAGGAGGUGAUCAUGUACACCUUCCAGCAGUGCGUCUACUACAUCUCCAAGUGUCUGUACGUGUCGCUCCCUGCCCUGCUGGAGUGCAACCCCUUCCAGAACGAGUGCCGGGAGAGCUGGCGGACAUCCCCGCCGCUGCCCGAGGAGCUCCGCAGGGUCGUGCUCAUCUACCAGGCGGCACUGGACCUGCUCCGCCAGUACGAAGUGCACCCGGAGAUCACCUCCCAGAUGUUCGCCUACCUCUUCUUCUUCUCCAACACCCUGCUCUUCAACCAGCUCCUGGAUAAGGGCUCCUCUCUCGGCUGCUUCCACUGGUCGCAGGGGGUGAAGCUGCGGGCCAGCGUGCGGCUGCUCCUGGAGUGGCUGCGCGGUGCCGGCUUCGAGCAGCUCGCCCAGCAGUUCUUCGCCAAACUCGCCAGCGUGGCCAACCUGCUGGCCAUGCCUGGCUCCCAGCUGGUCCAGAUGACCUGGCCGUCCCUGCGAGCCGAGUUCCCGGCGCUGAGCCCCGCGCAGCUCCACCGGGUGCUGAGCCAGUGCCAGGCGGUGAUGGAUGUGGGCUGCAUCGCAGCAUGGCAGCCCGGCGAGGAGGAGAACCCGGCCACCUUCCAGCCCGAUGACAUGCUGGAGUCCUUCGACAACCACCCGCCCAUCGUCCUGCCCAGCGGGGGCUUCAAAGUGGACCUGGAGGUGGAGACGUUGGACGACAACAUCUACCGGCACCUCCUUUACAUCCGCCACUUCCUCUGGAGCCUGCGGAGCAAAAGCCCCCACGCCAGUGAGGGGCCAGGCUCAGCACCCCCAAAGAAAGAGGCAUGCACGACGCCAGAUGUCCUGGAGGUGAGCGAAAGCCCGGCUGCUGCUGCCCUGGGGAACACCAUCACCCAGGAGGACUACUGCUCCCUGGGGGGCUGCGCCGAGCCGGAGGGGAACCCCCUGCUCAGCCUGGCCACCAACGGCUGCCCCUGCGAGCACCCCGCCGGUGAGCCCCAGCUCCAGGAGAAGCUCAAGCAGCUGCAGCUGGGCAGGGGUCCGGCCCCCAAGGCUGGCGGGGCACCCACGGACCCCUCCUGCCUGCUGACGCCACCCACCACCCCCCUGAACUUCGACUCCGGGAGCCCGGAGUCCCCGCAGGGCACCGGCAAGGGGCUGCAGGACCCCCGGAGGAACGGGAUGAAUGGCACCAAAGGCAGCACCCCCGAAGGAUGCUCACCGACCCCCUAUGACUACCCCACGCCAGAGUCUUCCAGCCGCAGCUCUGCCACCGAUGAUUUCUGCUACGUCUUCGUGGUGGAGCUGGAGAGAGGACCCAUUGGGCUGGGGAUGGGGCUGAUUGACGGCUUGCACACCCCUCUCUGCUCCCCGGGGAUCUACAUCCGUACCCUCAUCGAGGACAGCCCCGCGGCCGCCGACGGCAGGCUCUCCAUCGGGGACCGCAUCCUGGCUGUCAACGGCACCAGUCUCAUCGGGGCAGACUACCAAAGUGCGGUGGACCUCAUUCGCUCCGGAGGGAAAAAGCUGCGGUUUCUAGUUGCCAAGUCGGACACGGAAAUAGCCAAAAAAAUCAGUUCCAGCUCCUCUUCCUCCUAGUCCUUGUGGUACAAGGGUUCUUCUGCAGCAGCUUGCGGGUGGAGCUCUGGUUAAGGCUGACCUCGGGGAGCCUGGAAUGCGAGAGGGAGGACCAAGACUCCACAACUGCCCUCGAUUUGCUUUUCGACACCUUGCCCCUGCGCCGCAGCAGAUGCAAGGAUAUGCAAGGGUGGUGCACGCUUCUCCCACUGGGAGCAUCAUUCCUGAUCCAUUGCCUGUCCUCACCUUAUACCCUGUGUCAUCCUUCUCGGGAGCCUUCCUGGUCCUUUGUCCCCUCUGGCAGGGGGCAGGAAGGGGGUGCUCCCCCCACGGGGGCUGUAGGCAGGCUCUUCUGGUCCUCUAGGCUGGCAGCCCUGCGUGAUCUUUCAUGCUGGUAGGCAGAAGGCUUGAAACACCUUUGGGAUUUAAAGAUUAGCAUGUGGGGCAGGCCUCGGCUUCGCUGUGGCAGUGGCCGCCUGAGGUGCUGGCGCGUCAGGCUGGAAAACGGUGCCCAGCUCUGGGGGUGGUAAAGGCAGCACAAGCACCCAGGAGCAGGAUUCCAAGCAGGAUGCAUUGCUAGGAGUUAAGUUCCCUGGUGCCAUACCCUAAGUCAGGUGCCUUUGUGCUGCUGGGCUACAAUCACGCUGUCCCCAGCCCUGCUUCGGGGUGGGAAGCAGCUACAGCAAAGGGCUGACACCACCAGCAGUUCCCCGUGAGUCCUGGGGAGAGCCCCUUGAAGAAAAGGACUCUCUCGCCCUUGCUCAUGCAGCUUUAUUGCCCAGCUCUGGCACCACAAUCCUGGCAGAAGGCCCGCAGGACUGACCCAGCAGCGUGGGGCAUUCACAGCAGAAAACUUCCCCACGCGGGAGCUGUUGCCCUCUCCGAGGGGCUACGGCCAGGUUAGUGCUUCUGUGCCUGCCCCUGGUCCCCGAGAGCCAGGAACGGUGGGUUUGUGCCACCAGGAACCCGAGCGAGCCCAGCAGCGUGCCGUGCCAGACCCCAGCUGUGGCUGACGCUGGCCCAGGCAGACAAACGACAUCUUGGCACCGUGUCCUGGCCCUCUCCCUCCGGCUUUGCCAGCCCAUUGUAAGGCCGCCCUGUUCCCUGCCCAGCUCAGAGCACCUCAGAAGUGUGUGCUGCUGGCAUGCCGCCGGGUGAUGAUGGGCAGGAAAGGCUCCCUUUGGAAGGUCAGUCUUGAAUGUCCCAGAAACAGCUCUGCUAUCUGCUGACAACAGCAACGGUGUCAGCAAAGCUGAAGUGGCAGCUCCACCGUGCGGCUGGCCAGUCCCCUGCACACCCGGCCUCCUGCCUGCCAAGUCCUCCCUGUGCUUUUAGCAACAUUAACGGGAUAAACCCGACCUGAUUUCCACAUAUAGACAGAUACCAAGACCUAGUUUAGCUGAACCCUAUUAAAACAGCCUGCCGCAAAGCCCUACAUCACACCCUGCGCUUAAACCAGCAUGGUCUAGGCUCUGGCAAAUCAGAUAUUCACACGGCAUCUCGCAACAGUGCUCUGAGGAUUGUGAUGCUAAAAAGGGGAUGCUUAACAGGGUUGGCCUUAAUUAAACCUCACUGCUGUAGUUUUGGUUUCUGUGCUUCUUGCACUUUGCAAAAGGAGACAGAUGUCAAAAUAAUCCACGCAGGGGAAACACUCCACUACUGGACUUCAAUGCAGCUGCCGUUUCUAGGGCAAGAUGGACAAAGCACCUUCACCGAGACACUAGUGCCUUGCUUCUCUGCUAGGCCAUGCUCGUGCCAACUGGCCUGGGGUGCUGCCCCAGCAGGCACUGGGAACAAUGCAUCCCUCCUGCCACUGACUCAGCUGUACCAGGCAGGCGAGCAAAGGCUCAGAGCCCCACCGGGCUCCUGGUGAUUCACUCGACUUUAAAUCAAGUAGGUAUCUUGGCCUGUCAUCCUCCAUGGAGCUCAGCAGGUUUGUAGGGCAGGAAAAGGGCUGCCUAGAGCCCCUGGGCAAACCGCAUGUACUCCUUACUCCUCCCUGCCCAGGAGCCAGGGCUUGGGGGAAGCUUGGUUUGCACUAGACAGUACUGGGGCUGCACCCUGGUGAGUUCCAGCAGUACCAAUGCAACCCUCUGCUCCCCACUGAGCCUGACCCUCCAGGCACCCCUGGAGAUGGGAAACAGCCCCAGAGCUGUAUGUUGCUCACAGCGCAGUCAGGUAUUGAAACAGACCGUAAAUAAACCCUAUUUACUAGUGUGCAUGAGGGCUUGCUUCUCCUGGGUGGAGCAGUGGAACUUAUUUACUUCCCCCAUUUGUUAAUACUGUACAGCUCGAAUGUGUAUAAACUUCUCAUACAGAACACAGCAUGGCGCCUGUUUGACACGGGGCUGAUGUAUAUUAAGAAAUGCUCUUGGUGUCAACAAUAAACUGGAUCAAUAAAUCUCUCUAA